CUCCCCAGUCCCAACGUACGAACGCACUAUUUCAAUAAAAAUUCUUUUAUUUCGUUCCAUCUCGUAUUUUCUCUCUCUCUCUCUCUCUCUCUCUCUCUUCAUUCUCGCUGUUCUGCUUUCCGUUUCAUUUCUAUCCAAAGAUGCCUCAAGGAACGCUUGAAGUUCUUCUUGUCAGUGCCAAGGGUCUCGAAAACUCUGAUUAUCUCUGUAACAUGGACCCAUAUGUUAUCCUCACUUGCCGUACUCAGGAAAAAAAGAGCAGUGUUGCAUCAGGUCAAGGAGCUGAACCAGAAUGGAAUGAGAACUUUGUGUUCACUGUGUCUGAAGGCGCAACAGAACUCAACAUCAAAAUAAUGGAUAGUGAUAGCGGUACUGAGGAUGAUUUUGUGGGGGAAGCAACGAUUUCUCUGGAGCCACUUUUUUCGGAAGGAAGUCUCCCGCCAACUCCAUACAAUGUGGUGAAGGACCAGCAAUACUGCGGAGAGAUCAAAAUUGGUUUAACGUUCACUCCUGACCCUGAGGGAGGCUGUGACCGGGGCUAUUGUGCUCAAGAGGAGAGCUAUGAUGGAUGGAAAGAAUCUUCUUCUUCUUUUUCAUGAGUGGCGUGCUCGCGCAUGUGUGAGAGAGGGAGAGUUUAGUUUUCCAUUUCCAGCUUUUUUCAGUUGAUCCACCUUUCGUCGUUGGAAUGAAACAAAUAUUAGAUGGAUAGUUCGGAAUUGAAAUCUUGAGCUUGUGACACCAAUAUUAAUUAACCGCCAUAUAGAUUAGCAAAUUCUAAUAGAAUGAAGUAGUUCUAUCUCCAUCUGGACCA